CGCAUUUCCCUCUUCUUCUCUGGAUUUCGAUUUCUACUGUUUUCGCAUUCCUCCAAUCUCUCUCCCAUGGAAGAAGCCAAAAACCCUACCUUGAAACUGACCAUAGACAAAGGCCCUCGGCAGGGCGAAACCCUAGAAUCUCGCCCGGAGUUAUCCUCCAUCAGAAUCGGCCGAGUCAUCCGAGGCAACACCUUCACCAUCAAAGACCCGGCCAUCUCGCAAAAACAUCUAGAAAUCGUCUUGACCGCCGGAAAAUGGACCGUCUCAGAUCUCGACACCUCGAACGGCACCUUCCUCAAUGACAUCAAGCUCCAACCCCUCUCUCCGUCUAGCCUCAGUGAUGGCGACACCAUCAAGAUCGGCCAAUCCACCUCAAUUUCGGUCAGGAUCGACGGCAGAUCUGAUCCCGGCCCUGAUCCGCUGGAGAAUCAGCAGCAGAGGAAUAAGAGGCGGCGGGGCCGACAAUGCAAGGGCAGGGCUAAUUCAGAGGAUGAUCUGGUGAGACCAGAGUCUGGGCCGGUUGAGAAGGUUCUAGAAAGGUCGAAUCUAGGGCUAGGUGCUGCAAUUACUAAUGAUGUUGGAGAAAAAUCUGAUUUGGGGAAUGUCCCGAUGGAGAAUGGAUUGCAAAGGAAGCCGAGGAGGCGGGCUGCCCCACAUAAGGCUAGGAUUGUUUCGAAGGAUGAUCCAGUGCUAUUGGAGUCUGUUACUGAAAAAUCGAAUCUAGGGUUAGACACCUCAAUUACUGUCAAGGUUGAAGAAAAAUCGGAUUUAGAGAAUGCUCCUGUGGAAAAUGGAUUGCGUAGAAAUCCGAGGCGGCGGGCCGCUCCAAACAAGGGCAGAAUUACUUCAGAGGAUGAAUUGACACAGUUGGAGUCUGUUCCAGUCAAGAAGGUUCCAGAAAUGGUGAAUCUGGGGUUAGAUACCAUCAAGAUUGGUGAAACUGCUUCAAUUCCCGUCCAGGUUGAAGGACAAAAUGAUUCGGAGAAUGCUCCGGUGGAAAGCAGAUUGCAAAGGAAUCAGAGGCAUCGGGCCGCUCUGAAUAGGGCUAGGGUUUCUUCGAAGGACAACAUGGUGCCUUCAGAGUCCGUUCCAGUCAAGAAGGUUGCAGAAACAUCAGAUAGAGUGAGAGAGGAUACUACAGCUAUUGAAGAGAAUUCAGCUGUUCCAAAGGAAUCGGAGAAGAUUACGUUGGGGGAGUGGUUUGAUCGGAUGGAGAGAUACUUGCCAAAGCAGAUUAAUGACAUUACUGAAGAGAUAAUUCAGAGUCUAAGGCAGAGGCAUAAGCAGUUUGAGGAGUUUAUAGAGCAACAGCGAGAUGGGAAGGGUAAAUUGGCUGUUGCGAAUUAGAUUGAGAAGCCAUUUCUCAUGUAAGGCAGCCCAUUGCGUGCCUGGAUCCAAGCUGUCUGUCUGCCCAAUGGAAGUCUACUCAAUGGGACCCACAUGAUGGAUUGCCUUGAUCUCACACCGAUGCUCCACUUAGGCAUAUGCGGCGUCGUGUGGAUGGGCUGCCGUAUACAACAGUGUGAGAUUUGCCAACCUCCAAACCUAGCUAUCCUCCAAUGGUAACGGUGGCAUCACUAUACCGCUAUGAUAGGGGCUGUAGUGGCCGUGA